AUGUCAGCAUCUGUUGCAAGAGGUGGAAGUGGUAAAAAUGGAACCCAAGGUCAUCGCAACUACAACGCAGUCCACAACGAUGCUAUAUGGCGUCAGACAAUAAGGUAUGAGCUCAAUACAGCCAAUAACUGGGAAUCUCAUUGGGGGUUUAUGAGAGAUAGUAUGAUUUCAGCAGAUGAUCAAAAGACGAGGCUUCCACCUCUCUCACUGAAUGCUCAAAAGCGACAGCCCAAUAUAAUGGAAACAGGGUUGCCAUCCAAAAUCCCACCGGGUUUAACGACGGGAGCUCAAGAUGCAAUCCUUGCAGAUUGGCUAUGCACAUACAGUGUUCCACGGAUCAUGAAGUAUCGCUUUCCUUCCGAGAAAUACACCAUACCAGCAACGACAGCCAAUGAGAUUGGAUGGCCAUGGGAACAAACACAAAAGAAAUUAGGCAUGCCAUUUGCUAUUCAGAAGCAAGCAAUGGAACCUCGACGCUUUGCGAGUUUUGAAGAAAUGCAAAGGGCACAACGCGGGAUAGAUCAACAAACCAAGGAGCAAGUAGGAGGACAGCAGGAAGCAGGAGAGAUUUCGCAGGCAAGAAGUAGGGUUCCAGGUCCAUACACGCUAGAGAGGUUUGGAAAGCAUGCUCGUGGUCGUGGGGAUGUUUUGAAGUGGUUUGGUGCUCGGGAAUCACUCCCAUGA